AUGGCCUUUGAAACCCCAACCGACGUGGACGCAGACCCGUCCCUGCAUAUCUUCAAAAGCGGAGGAGUCGCUGGAACUGAGAUCGUCGAGCCCCAAAGCGAAGCGGAUGAUGGCAGCCGCGAAACAUAUCGGCGGAACUUCCUCUCCGGCUUCACAGCCGAAGACGACCGCCGAAUCAUGCGCAAGGUGGACCUGCGCUUCUUGCCUUUGAUGGGCUUUAUGUACCUCGUGAAGCAGGUCGAUUAUACCAACGCCGCGUCGAUCAAGGUAUUACAAGUCGGACAGCCAAGUAAUGUGCUGAAAGAGCUGGGCAUGUCAGCGGAUCAGUACAAUUGGAUCCAGACUGUUUACUUUAUCAGCUACGUGAUCUUCGAGGUCCCAAGCAACCUCGUUCUCAAAAAGAACAAAGAGGGAUUCUAUGCUCUCCGCUUCCUUCUUGGCAUGAUGGAGGCGGGCUUCUUUCCUGGCCUGGCGGCCCAAAUGUGCAGCUGGUACAGGAGUGACGAGUACGGCCGGCCUAUUAUGUGGAUGUUCGCCUUCCAGAACUGCUCAGGUAUCAUCGGAUCGCUGCUCACGUAUGGAAUAUCGUAUAUGGAUGGCUUCGGUGGGCUGAGCGCAUGGCGGUGGGUCUUUCUCCUUGAGGGUUUGGCGACGAUUCUUUUUUCGGGGAUUAUUUACCUUGUCCUCCCAGACUACCCGAAGUCGCUUCGCUCCUCGUCCUGGCUCACGCCCGAGGAGCAAGAGUACAUCGAGCUUCGCUUGCCGAGCAAUGCCCCCCGGACACACGACCCCGUCUUCUCCAAAGAAGAGAUCCUCACAUCCAUCAAGGACCCCAAGAUAGUCGGGUUCACGCUGUCCCAGUUCCUGCUCAAUAUCGCGGGGUAUGGCCUUUCCUGGCAGCUUCCCACCAUAACGACGUCUCUGGGCUUCGCCGGCCUCCCUCGCAACCAGCUCCUCAACAUCCCACCCGCCGCUGUCACAGUCUUGGGCAUAAUUGGGGCGGCUUACUUCCUCCGCCGUGCUAUUAUCGUCCGGCCGCUUUUCAUCCAGCUUCUGACCGCGGGUACACUGGCGUUCUUCAUCGUGCUCUGUCUGCCCGUAAGCCGCAGCGCAACCUAUGCGGCAUGCGUGCUCGGCACGGCCUUCUACUUCACCUAUUUCGUCCCCUUCUGGGCCUGGCGGAGUGCGACUCUGACGGGGGCUACCGGCACGGCCUUCACACUCGCGCUGCAGACGUCUGUCGCCCAGGUCGGGGGCGUCAUUGCCCCGCAGGUGUUCCCAUCGAGAUGGGUAGGAGAUGGGUAUAAGAAGUCUUUUAUCGUGUGCUCGGCGUGCGUGGUAGUAGUAGUCGUAUCGAAUGCGUGGGUGUGGUAUCUGACGCGUGUUUCAGAAGCGGAUGUCCUGCGGGUGCGGAAAUUGAGGAUUCGAGCGGAGCGAGAAGGGCGUGUUUGGGCUGGCGAUGAUGUGAGGAUCGCCAAGGACCCGUCUCAGGGGGUAUGA